AUGAUUGCCCUACAGCAAGGAACCACGGAUGAUAAUUUCCGCCGAUCACUAGCCAAGAGGGCCCCCGAAAAUAUGAAUGAGCUCCAGGAGAGGGCCGGGAAGUAUAUCAAGGCUGAGGAAAGCCUGAAGAAAUCUCAGAAUAACCAGGGACCGACCCCGAACCCAAAGAAACGUGGAAACGACACCGAGUACAACGCGGAUAGUAAGUAUUCAAAGACAGGGGAUGGUGAUAAAUCCCCCACCAAAAAGAAAGCAGGACCGAGGUUCACUGAGUAUGCAAGGCUGAAUGCCCCUAGGAGACAUAAGACCGAUGAUUGCCGGCAGUUGAAGGAUGAGAUCGAGUUUUUGAUCCGAAAAGGCAAGCUGUCCAAGUAUACUAGGGAUACGGACAAGAAUCCCCGUGACAAUGACAACCGUGGAAGAGACAACGAUGAUAGGAAUAAGAGAAACCAGCCUAGAGGGCCUGUGAUCAAUGUAAUCUCUGGAGGACCGACCGCAGCAGGCCUAUCUAGUAACUCACGAAAAGCUUAUGCUCGUGAAGUGAUGUACAUUGUUGGAGAGCCCCCGAAGAGGGCAAAAAUUGAGUUUGCUUUAGCAUUCGACAAUUUAGAUCUUGACACAGUUAAAUUUCCCCAUGAUGAUCCUUUGGUAAUCACCCCGGUGAUUGGAAACUCUUCUGUAAAAAGGGUACUCGUUGACGGUGGAGCCUCAGUAGAUAUCUUAUUUCAUGAUGCAUAUGAGAAGAUGGGAUAUUCUGAUUCGCAAUUGACACCUUCAGAUAUGCCUAUAUACGGCUUUAAUAACGUGGAGACAAAGAUUGAAGGUAUGAUCCAACUACCCGUGACAAUGGGCACCGAGCCUAGGCAGGCCACAUGUAUGCUGAAUUUUUUGGUCGUUAAGGCUUCAUCAACCUACAAUGCUAUCCUUGGGAGGACUGGGAUACAUGCUUUUAAAGCAAUCCCAUCCACCUACCACUUGAAGAUCAAAUUCCCUACCAAGAAUGGGGUAGGAGAAGAGAUAGGAGAUCAAAAAAUGGCUAGAAGUUGUUAUGUGGGGGCUCUGAAAUCUGGAGGGACCGGGGGGCAAGUUCUCCCAAUUGAGGACUUGGAUGUCCGAGAGGAAGAGGAAAGGAGAGGAAAGCCAGCUGAGGACUUGGUUCCCUUCUCCCUAUAUCCAGAUGAGCCCGAGAAGUGA